CUCAUACGAACAUGAAAGAUGAGAGAAAUAAGAAGGAAAAAGAAAGAAAAUAAAAGGUUUAGAUUGGAAGGAAAGUGAGUGAGAUUAUGAACCUCUGGUCUUGGGCACCAUCUAUGUAUUGUAAAUCCCAAAGAUCUGAUCCAUACAAGGACGACAAAAAGCAGCACAAAGCUCAAAACCCUUCGUUUUGGGCUUGCUUAUUUCCCAAAUCUUCACUCUCAAGUUUUUGAUUCACAUAAAUUAGCCAAAAUAGGAAGCUGUGUUUCCAAGCCCGCUCCUUCACGGGGAGCCUCGUCGGUGGUGCAGAGGCUCUCUCAAAAUCAACAUCACUUACACCAAUCUCAAUCUCAAUCCCAAUCUCAAUCUCAAUCCCAACCACCACCAUCACAACCCCCCGUCGCCGCCGUAUCCUUAUUGGAGUCCCAGAAUUCUGUCAAGAUGAAGAGCCUCUUCAAGCCCAAGCCACGGACUCCUGUCGAUGUUGUUCGUCAGACUCGUGAUCUUCUUAUCUAUACAGACCGGAACCCUGAUACUAAGGAGACCAAACGGGAGGAAAAGCAGAUGUUAGAAUUAAGUAAAAACGUUAGGGAGUUGAAAUCAAUACUUUAUGGAAAUAGUGAAUCUGAACCAGUUGCAGAAGCAUGUGCACAGCUGACCCAGGAGUUUUUCAGAGAUAAUACGCUUCGGCUUCUCAUUAAAUGCCUUCCUAAAUUGAACUUGGAGACACGGAAAGAUGCUACUCAAGUAGUUGCAAAUCUACAGAGGCAACAGGUUCAGUCCAGAUUGAUUGCAUCUGAUUAUUUGGAAGCAAACAUUGAUCUGAUGGAUACCUUAGUAGCAGGUUAUGAAAAUACAGAGAUGGCUUUACACUAUGGUGCCAUGCUGCGGGAAUGCAUACGUCACCAAAGUGUUGCCAAGUAUGUUUUGGAAUCACAGCACAUGAAAAAGUUUUUUGAUUAUAUUCAACUACCAAAUUUUGACAUUGCUGCAGAUGCUGCCGCAACCUUUAAGGAAUUGUUGACGAGGCAUAAAUCUACGGUAGCUGAAUUUCUUUCCAAGAAUUAUGACUGGUUUUUUGCGGAGUACAAUUCCAAGUUACUGGAGUCAACUAAUUACAUUACAAGACGGCAGGCAGUGAAGCUCUUGGGAGAUAUACUUCUGGAUAGGUCAAAUUCAGCUGUGAUGACCCGCUAUGUGAGUUCUAGGGAAAAUUUGAGAAUCCUCAUGAAUCUUCUCAGGGAGUCGAGCAAGAGCAUACAGCUAGAAGCAUUUCAUGUUUUUAAGCUUUUUGUUGCAAAUCAAAACAAGCCCGCCGACAUAGUUGGCAUUCUCGUCACAAACCGGAGCAAGCUUCUAAGGCUGUUUGCUGAUUUCAAAACUGAUAAAGAGGAUGAACAGUUCGAGGCUGACAAAGCUCACGUUGUUAGAGAAAUUGCUGCCCUUGAACCCAAAGGACCAUGAAUUCGUAUAUGAAUGGUGUUGUAUUUUUUUGUAUUCUCCACUUAUUCUGUCCAAUUUGGAUGUCAAUUAUAUAGCUCAGUCAGCUCUCCAGAUAAUGACUUUGAUUAAAUGCUUUACAACGCUAAUAAUGGGCUCUUUUUGUUCUUUUAUAUAUAUAUAUAUAUAUUUGCCUUUUCCAUGUAUUCUAAUGGGUUCAACAUGUAUAUUAAAGACACUUGGUUGUGCACGGUAUAUAAAUAAAGUUUUAUUGUUUUAGAUGCCAA